CGUAGUUUUUGGGGCAUUGUUGAAGCAAGGGGAAAGCGUGUAGUCAACAGCUUGUACAGAUUUUAAAUAGCGGUUUUUUAGGGGGGGCUUUAGUAUUGUUUAGGCAUAAAUAACCAGGACACUUAACACAAGGUUUUUCGAACAACUGCAACGUUGUAGGGGCCACAUUUAGAUACAGACACACUAGUCUUAAAACAAAGCAUUUGGCCAGACUGCGCGCUAGUAAAGCUAACCAGCAGUUCCUUUUACUCACCAAGGACUCACCAACGGUCGAUUUAAAAAAAAAAAAAAAACGUUACAUUAACGUUAACUGGAGUUCUGUUACAUGGUCGAGGGAGAUAACCGUUAAUAACGGUUACCUCCAAACAGUUCGCAACACAGACAGUUUCUCUGAUCUGGCGUAACUUACAGCCAGUGGAGGAAAACUAAAACAAAUAACAUUUUAACUCGCGAUUCUGGACCUGUCGGCCUGUUAAUACUAUUUUAUUUUAUAUCGACAUUGUGUGCUAAACCGUUCAGUGCCUACUGGCAUCAUUAAGAGUGGUUUUUUUUUUUUUUUACACCCCCACACGUUAAUUUAACGUUAUGUGAAGAAUGAAGCUGCCGUUAUGGCGACACACAGCAGAGACUCAUAUCCUGACAUUAAAACGAGGUAGCUAACGUUUUAGCCAAGUGCUAGCUGUGUUUGCUGUUGAAGAGGCCAGUUAAUGGUCGUCUUUCGGCUCUUUUAUUCAAGUGUCAGUUAAUGGUACUUGGCGUGAGUGUAGUCGACUGUCUGAGUAGUCGACCCUUUGUGUUUAUAAACAGUUACGAUAACGUUACGGUGUGUUUUUUUUUUUAAGUUGUAGUGGUUACUUAGCAUCCGGCUAACGGGCUAAUUGGUUAGCUAUCGGAGCUAACGCUAACGUUGUGGCUACCCAUUACAGAGUAGCGACAUCCAGCGCUUACUGCUGCUGAGUUUAAGUCACAGGAUCGGUCAUUUGUUUUUCUACGAGGCUAAUAAUGGCAGCCCCAACAACCGAGGCCGUGUUCUUGAUAAAGGAUGUGAAGCCCGGGUCGAAAAACCUGAAUAUCGUAUUCAUCGUAUUGGAAAUAGGACGAGUAACCAAAACGAAAGAUGGUCAUGAGGUUCGCUCCUGCAAGGUGGCAGACAAGAGCGGGAGCAUUGCUAUCUCUGUGUGGGACGAGCUCGGCAGCCUUAUUCAGCCAGGGGACAUCAUCAAGUUGACCAGAGGCUAUGCAUCCAUAUGGAAAGGCUGCCUGACCCUUUACACUGGACGAGGAGGGGAUCUACAGAAGAUUGGAGAGUUCUGCAUGGUGUAUUCAGAAGUGCCCAACUUCAGUGAACCAAACCCAGAGCUGCUAUCCCAAGGAAACCAGCAAAACAAGUCUGGUAAAUCAGACCAGAAUCAGAGGGGGAAUUCUCCGCCCAAUCAGAAUUCAGGUACACCUGCUCCACCAGGUAAUGGUGCCAUGCCGCCAUUUGCCAACAACAAUAACAACAACCCACCACCUGGUGCAUCCCGCGACCCUGCGUUCGGGAGCAUUGGGCGACCCAACGGCCGGUCACCUGGAAACGGUGCACCCCCAGCUACUGCUGCAGGAGCCCCAGCAGCCGCAAAGUCUUCAGUUACCAUUAGCAACGGCAGGGACCCACGGCGUGCCAAAAGAUGAAAUUGGGGUUACGGGGGAUCAUGUGGGAAGACUAUGGACCUCCCAAUUUCCCCCUGCCCCCCUUUUUUCUUUUCUUUUUUUUAAAAACGUCUUUCCCCCUUUCUCGUCACAUCUUAUAUUGGCUUUCAAAAUACUGAAAUAAAUUAGGGACUACUUGCAUCGUUUUUAUACAGGCUAACAUAGUCAAAUGUGUCGUUUGUCAUGCGUAGUAGCGCUCUCAGUAAGCAGCACAGUGUGAUUGUGAUAUACCACUUGAUGCACUAGCGGGACUUCUUAUAUAGUUGAGCCUUGGUGGUUGAGUUGUGUUCAGCCUUCUCAGCCCCACACCCUUAUCCUCUAAAUCUCACUGAAAAUUGCCAGUUCUCUGCCAGUGUUACCCCCCCCCUACACUGUCCUAACCCCCUUCCCUAUUUUCUUUCAAACUAUACACCCUACUUGAACACUUGAUGCACUUUCUUCUCUUAAUUUAUGUCUGGGCAAGGUUGCCUGUCAUUUAAAUCAGGAAAUCAUCUUCUGCUUUUUUUUUUUUUUUUUUUUUUUUUUUUUGUGUCGUGGAAAAAGGCCUUAAGUUGGUGAAAAUGAGUUCUUGGACUGAAUGCACAAGCAAAAUUCAAAGGGUCUUCUCUCUCUUAACCAAACUGUAUCCGAAGUGACUCUGUGACAGGAAAGGUGUUAGUUUUGAAUUUUUAAUGGUAGAUUGAGACUGUUUUUUUUUCAUACAUGUUUUUCUUGUUUGCCAUCAAUUGUACCUUGAUCAAGGUGGGACCACUUAAAUACUGGCAAAACGGUUCACCGAAUAAAUUUUACAGUAAUUCUGCUGCCA